UGUUCUUCAGAAAACUGAAGAUUCUUGUUGUACAAAUCUUUGGAGAACACAUAUAUGAUCUCCAUAGGGGACAAAUGAAGAUCAUUUUUUUUGUUUUUUGAAGAACACAGAUUUUUAACAGUGUACUACUUACUGCAACAUAUAAUCUACAACUCUUUGAUCGAAAACUAUAGCGUCAUUCAUCAGGAUUAUCACAGGUAUCCUGAACUGUUAUCAAUCAUUGAUAUUCUCAGUAGUAGAUACAACUCAAUAUUAAUAAAUAGUAAUAAUAUUCAGAGAACGUUUAUGAACGACUGAUAUAUUGAAAAAUAAAGCUCCGUUUUUAUCUCGAAGCAGAAAGACAAAACUAUUAAAAUACAUAAGAACAUAUGCUAAAGCACACUAGUAUAGAAAUGGCAGUCGUUCUAAAAUGGAAGUUUGAUCGGAGAUGGAAAAAUCGGUAAUGGUUAACUGCUUCUCCUCUAUUGUAAUUCUAGUUUUUCAGUCAAGAAAAUCAGAAAAAACCUUGGGAGACAAUACUUCAAUUAGAAAAAAAAUACCAAAGUAAUACACCACCAACGAAUACUAAGAAGAAUAAAGUAAAGCAAAGUAAUUUAAUCUUCUAUAAAUUCAGUAAACUUUCGUUGAAAUAUUGUCUAUCAUCACUUUUUGAAAGUUUCGAGUUAUUGUUAUUAGCGGUUCUAACAAUUUAUGUAAAGGUGAGACUUGAUUUUUCCGUACUAUUUUCAUCUAAAAAAAAAACAGAACUUCAUCGAUUAUAUCAUACUGAUUUUCAAUAAGAGAACUUCAGUAUCUACGUUGAGAAACUAAUGAUUAAUUAUGAUCCUAAUUUUUGAAAUUUUUUUCUGUAGUUAAAAUCACACUAUCCCUAGUCCACUUUCUCUAGAAAAAUCCCCAGUGAGUCCCUGAAAAAACUCUCCAAGGAAUCCCCUAACGGAUUCUCCAGGGAGUUUAGAGGAAGUCCCCAGAAAUUUCUCAGGGAGUUUCCAAAAACGAAUAAAUGCUAAAUUCGACUCCUGUGCUCAGUUUUAAGCAUAAUUUAGCUUUUUUUCCAUCGAUUGAAUUGAAAUUUAUUUUAUAUAAGGAAAACUACCACUUUCUUUCCAAAAUUCUUUCUCACCUGAGCCACCCAGUGAGUCACUCGGCUAAAAAGUUAAGUCACGUCGAAACAACGAGUUAACGCCGACGAGUCUCAGACGGAAACAGCUACACUUAUUUAAAAAAGAAAGAAACUAAUCUAAAGAAAAGAGAUGUUUCGGUUUAAAUUUUCACGUUUUAUAUACUUCUGCAGCCGCAAAACAAAACGGUGGAUUUGUUGUACAUUCUCUCUACGAAAUCCAUGGAAAGAUUACAUUAUUUCUCCCCACUCUCUGAAAAUCAGGGAGUCACCAGGGCUUUUACAGAGAAUCCCUGAGAACUCCCUAGCGGUUUCACGUUAUUUCGGAGACUCACCGAGGACUCACUAGGGAUUUUACGUUUUUUCGAGGACUCACCGGAAACUUCAUCAGGGAAAGUGGACUAGGGAUUCCUUGUUUCUUGAGUUAUGGAUGUAGCUGUUUAUGUUGAUCUGGCAAAUAUCUGAAUCAGAACGACAACAAUUUUACCGUUGAAGUUAUGAACUGCGAACAGUACCUUUAAAGUACCGUUCAACUGAUAAUAUCAGUUGACAGUUAUUAACGUCAACGUUGUUUAUCUGUUAUCCUUGAACAGGAUGAUAGGCUAAAAGAUCGGCAUGACGUCUAGCGACACCUUGAACUGAUGUUUGUUAUUCAAUUCUUUUACUGAAUUCCUUGUGUAAUUUACUAUUCAAUGCUGUUUAAAAAGGUCACUUACGAAAAACUCAUCCAUGUAAUUCGGAAGCUGAAGAGGACUAAUCUAUGGGAACAUAAGCUCUUGAUGGCUCGACUUUGUCAUUUUUGUGACGAAUAGUUAGCUAGCUUUCGUGCAGAAGUGAUCGAACAAGUUAAACCCACAAAAACUACAGAUAAAAAUGUUAUAAUUAAAGUCUUCAUGGCAAUUCGGUCAGCAUCAGCAAAACACCGUAUUUCGCACAAUCCAAUAACAGGAGAAAAAAUUGAAUAUACGAAAAAGGCUCAUUUUCUUAAUGAUCCGAAGACACCAGUCGUUCCUACAUUAGACUUAAGUGAUGUGUCAGAUGGAGAUGAUGUCCCAAAUCCAAAGCCUGUUUAUUCGGCAAGGCCAUCUACAGCAAAAGGAUCAUAUCGAACGGAAAGUAGAGCAUACGGUAAUUUUGAUCAUAAUGCAGCCAUUUAUACAAAUCGACAUGGUAAUCAACCACAAGAUAUGAAAUAUAAUAUAAAUUCUGAGAGAGUACAAGCUAUGGAUGUCCAAGUUCCAUUAGCACCAAGACAUGAUUCUCAUCCUGCAUCUGCACGUAUUCAAGCACAGUCUACUCGUUUACCGGAUUCAGUUCGACCAAAUAUGCUUGCAGCUGGUUUAAUGCAAAAUAAACCGCCGAUUAGCUAUCGUGCUAGCCAAACAACAUCAAGACGAGAGCCAUACGAUAGUCCCUCGUUCGAAGAUUUUCAUUUAUUGUGGCUAGAAAGUGGAUCACAUCAUGACUCAAUGAGAAAAGUUGAAGCAGAUGCAAUGAAUGAUAAACGCAAAGAAGAAUUAAUGACAGAGACAGUAAUGGCUGAUCAAUUAAGUAAAUACGUUUUGAGUGAUCCAGAACAAGAUCAUGAAAGAAACAGGCCAUUUGCCAUGCAACAACAACCAAGAAGAAAUCUCGAUCGAAGAUUGCAUGAAACAAGGUAA